GCGCGGGGGGCGGGGUGCGGGACGCCGGACGAGGCGGAGGGAUCCCUUUGGAAUGUGGUCGUGAGUCCCGGCGCCGAUUGGUCGCGGGCUCCGGGAGCACGUCCCUGAUUGGCGGGGCGUGGGCACGGACCCCGCCCUCCGGCCGCCGCUGCUGGAGAGGCCCGGGGCCGAGUUUGCCGAGGGCCGAGCGCGGCGCGGGCGCGGCAGCGGCGCAGGCGGGUUCCAUGCCUGGCCUCUUUGGAUUUCUGCAAACACCUUGCUAUCCAGGCAUUCUGCCCGUUUUUUAGAUGAGGAAACUGAGGCCGCGUCCAGUGAAGUGACUUGCCCACAGCCACGCAGCUGGAUCACUCUGGCUGUGGGGCCAGGGCUGAGGUGGGGAGAGGAGGCGGCCACUGCUGGUCGGGAUCUCCCGGUUGCAGCCCCACCGCUCUCCGCUCAUGCCGCUGGGUCUGGGGCGGCGGAAAAAGGCGCCGCCUCUGGUGGAGAAUGAAGAGGCCGAGCCGGGCCGUGGUGGGCUGGGCGUGGGGGAGCCGGGGCCCCUGGGCGGGGGCGGGGCUGGCGGACCCCAUAUGGGCCUGCCGCCCCCGCCCCCGGCCCUGCGGCCCCGCCUCGUCUUCCACACCCAGCUGGCCCACGGCAGCCCUACCGGCCGCAUCGAGGGCUUCACCAACGUCAAGGAGCUGUACGGCAAGAUCGCCGAGGCCUUCCGGCUGCCGCCUGCCGAGGUGAUGUUCUGUACCCUCAACACCCACAAAGUGGACAUGGACAAGCUGUUGGGGGGCCAGAUCGGCCUGGAGGACUUCAUCUUCGCCCACGUGAAGGGGCAGCGGAAGGAGGUGGAGGUGUUCAAGUCGGAGGACGCGCUGGGGCUCACCAUUACCGACAACGGGGCCGGCUAUGCCUUCAUCAAGCGCAUCAAGGAGGGCAGCGUGAUCGACCACGUCCAGCUCGUCAGCGUGGGCGACAUGAUCGAGUCCAUCAACGGACAGAGCCUGCUGGGCUGCCGCCACUACGAGGUGGCCCGGCUGCUGAAGGAGCUGCCCCGGGGCCGCACCUUCACACUGAAGCUUACGGAGCCCCGUAAAGCCUUUGACAUGAUUGGGGUGCGCUCAGCAGGUGGCCGCCCGGGCGCAGGCCCUCAGCUGGGCACUGGCCGAGGAACCCUGCGUCUCCGAUCCCGAGGGCCGGCCACCGUCGAGGACCUGCCCUCGGCCUUUGAGGAGAAGGCGGUGGAGAAGGUUGACGACCUCCUGGAGAACUACAUGGGCAUCAGGGACACAGAGCUGGCGGCCACCAUGGUGGAGCUGGGGAAGGACAAGAGGAACCCAGAUGAGCUGGCCGAGGCCCUGGACGAGCGGCUGGGUGACUUCGCCUUCCCCGAUGAGUUCGUCUUCGACGUCUGGGGCGCCAUUGGGGACGCCAAGGUCGGCCGCUACUAGGCCUCCCAUUGGACCUCGAGGCGACCUCGGCCUGGGCGCAGCCUGGGGGGACCCGCACCCCAGCACCCAGCCAGCUGCCCAAGUUCGAGGCAGGUGGGGCUGACGCGGGGCCUCCUGUCUCCAAUCGGUACCACCUCCCCUUCUCCCCGAUUCCUAGCCCGCCUGGGUGACCCCGCUCCCCACCUACCUCAGCCAGGUCAGGCGCCCAGGGGAGGGGCCAGGCAGAUGGAACAGCCCCCCACUUCUCUUAUUUGCGC